CCCACGUCUUGAUUGGCCGUCUUGGCCGAAAUCCUCUUGAAUGGUUUCAAACCCGAGUGUUUGGACGCGGAGCAGGAGGAGGAGGGGGGUGUCUGCUGCUAAUUCCGAGCUGCCUGGGUGGAAGAGCCUGAUUCUUCCGUCCACCGACACAGCACCUCAGUAAAGAGGCUUAACCGAGGAGCGUCGUUGACCGUAAAACGCGUUCGAGAGUAAAUUAAGACAAAACAGUGGACUCUUAUAGGGAGCGCGUUUUACCCGAAGAUUUGCCAUUUUCGCGUAAAACCGAGAUUACGAUUUCAGUGUGUUGCGUUUUACGUUUCCCACCGUUUGAAUGGAGCGAUGUCCAGCGGAGACGCCGCUCAUUGCGACGGGACACGGUGUGUUUUGCUGACGGGACUCGGCGGCGGGGACCGGGACCUGAUUGAAAAUCACUGGUAAUCAAUUAAAAAAAAAUCACCAGUGUGUUUUAGUUGCUGACGGAAUGUGAAUAUCAGCUGUUGUUUCCGAGAUUCAUAAAGGAUUUUCCUUGGAAAAGAUUAGUGAGGGCAUUCAGUUCGUGCUCCGGUUGCCAUAGCAUCACAUUAAUAUUUUCCUUUUCAUUUUCGGCCUGUUGAAAAGGAGGGCAUAACGACACUUUGAUAUAUCUGGACAAUGUAUUUAUUUUUUAAUACAGUUCCGCAAUUGAGUGCCGGUUAAAUGAGUUUUGAUAGUUAAUUUCAAGCCACCUUUUAGACAAAGUGAGACUCAUAGCCGAGACAGCCAUGGCUAAAAAUCCGUCCGAGGGACCGAAGGAUGACCUGAGCCAGCUGACGGACGAGGAGCUGCUGCGGUGCAGCAAAGACGAGCUGGUCAGGAGAUUAAGGAAGGUUGACAGUGAGAAAAUGAACUUGAUGAUCGAGCAUGGGAACAUGAUGAAAGACAUCAACCGGAGGCUGCAGGUGCACCUGCACGAAAUCCGGAGCCUGAAGGAGAUCAACCAGAAGCUGCAAGACGACAACCAUGAGCUCCGGGAGCUCUGCUGCUUCCUGGACGACGACCGACAGAAGGGCAAGAAGCUGUCCCGAGAGUGGCAGCGCUUUGGCCGCUACACUGCCAGUGCCAUGUGGAAGGAGGUGGGCACCUACAUGAUGAAGCUGAAGGAGCUGGAGGCCAACCAGGAGACCGUGUUGAGGGAGAACUCCGAGCUGAAGGAGAUCAUCCUCAUGCUGGAUGAGGAGAGGAACGGAGCAGGGUCCAGGAGCUCCAUAGACAGUCAGUCCAGUUUGACCAAUCUGAAUGGGGGCACCGGCACGGUCAGGGAUGUUGGGGACGGGAGUAGCACGUCUAGCACAGGUAGUGCUGGGAGCCCCGAUCACCACAAUCACAACCACAUACACAAGCCCUCAGAGAACAGUAAGAUGGGCCCCACCAUGAGGAGGUCCAUGGAUGACCUGUCAGCCCCGCACCACCACAGGAGCAUCCCCAAUGGACUUAAUGAUUCCUCCUCCAACUACAUCAGGCAGCUGGAGACGAAAGUGCGGAUCCUGGAGGACGAUAACAAUAAGCUUCUCUCACAGGCUUAUAGCCGGUAUAGCUUAUCACAGAUACAGACGAAAAAGCAGUGCAACCCAGGUGACCUUCGUGCCCUGAGGAAGGGAAUGACCCUCUACCACUCAGAGUCCCAGCUGUCCUCACUGCCCCAGCGCCAGGAUGCCAUGCACAUGGGUACAGGUCGUCUCCCAACCAGCGAGUCCUCUCCAGCCACAGGGUACCUGUCCUGCGUCCAGAAGCCUGAGGCUGUGGUUCACGCCAUGAAGGUACUGGAAGUCCACGAGAACUUGGACAAGCAGGUCCCUGAGGAUUAUGAGGACGAUCUCAGUGAGAAGGAGAAGGCCAUUGUGCGAGAGAUGUGCAACGUGGUGUGGAGAAAGCUGGGUGAUGCAGCAGGAUCAAAGCUGUCCAUCAGACAACACCUCUCUGGGAACCAGUUCAAAGGGCCGCUGUAGCAUGGCAACCACCUAGAGAUGGAGAGACAGAGAGAGAUCAGGAUCUACAGUACUUACACUCACCUGAGAACACCUCUUACAACCUGCGCCUACACGACCCAACAUGCCGUGCUCCUUACUGCCUACAAUACCUAGCAUUCCUUCAAUAAACACUCUCUUAAGACUGGCUAAGAUGGCCACAAAAUGGACCUGUUAGUCACAUGUACCACUUUACGUGUACAACAUGUUUUUAUCUCUCAGAGCUUAUGUUGACAACUGGCAGCUAGUUUCACUGAUUUGCCACUUUUCCUCGUUGGUUUGGAGGCUUCCGGCUACACUAUUAUCUCUCUCUCUCUGCAAACUGCUACAAACAUACACCACUUACAGUCCUUCAGAGCAUAGCUAAGCUACAUUAAGCUAGCGAUAUGACAUGGUUUCAGACACGGGACUGAUGAGGCCGCAGGGGCAGAAAUCUCUUCUCAUGUUGCUGGGAUGUGAAGGCAACAUUGUGGCGGUAUCUUCAGAUAAGUUUUGAUAGUACCUCCUAUAGAGACCCUAGCUCCUGUCACAUGUAUCGCCCCCACCCACCCCCAGUGGUCAACACAUAUAACUAGCAUUAGCAAUUCUGAAGUGUUAACUAAGUGAAACCCACUGUGACCUAGCGCCUUUUGCUCAUAAGACAAGUCUAUGGAUAAUGAAGUCUAGAGAUCACUGUUAACUUGUGUAUAUUAUGUAUAAAACCAUGGCACUACUUCAUUGUUAUUGUUGAUUUUACUUUUAUCUAUUUUGUAUUCUAGCGUGGCCAUGUGAUCAAUGAUUUAGUUUGAAAAGCACACACAACCGGACCUUAAACAGGGUUUGAUUUUGGUAAUUAACCUUUUUUUUUUUUUUUUAAUUCUUUUCCAGAUGAAUUAUUAUUAUUCCUGUAACUCUGUAACCUCUGAAAAUGCAUCAAGGCCAUUCUGAGUGAAACCAUCUCAAUGAGUUGACAGAUUAAUUUUCUUACUAAAAUUUGUAUGCUGUGUGCAUGCUUGACAAUCAUUUUCUCAGGUUGGGAGGGCUACAGCUUUACCUUUGCCCAUCGGUGACUGCGAGAGCGUUGGCGUGCGUAUGUGUGUGACUGUGUGGAAGGAGACUGACUGGUUCUCUUGCAGCUGUAGCAUCUGCCUGUGAGUCCUCUUUUCUGGUUUUUUUUUUUGAACCCUGGUUACAACACGGUUGAAGAAUGCUGAAGACAUUUGCUGAAUCCAUACUAAAAGCAUCUUCUCGUUAAUAAAACUUUCAAGGCCAAACACUAAACAUUAAGUUAGGUUUGGAUCGCUUUUUGGAUUGUUCUGAAUUUAGCAUUUUAUAUCUCAGUAGACGAAAAGGUCACUUAAACUCAGACCUUUUCUGUAGUCAUGGAUUCAGCAGGUGUGUUUAUGCAGCGCAUGUUUCUUAAAGUUGAAUCUUCUUUUUUUGUCUUAGAAUAUGAGAGAUAAGUCUUCCCUUAGAUGUCUUCAGAAAACACUAACAUUUAAAAUGAGUAUUUCUUGAUGUCAGAGUGAACAAACACUGUUUGUCAAAGUAUAGCCAGGUGUCAGAUAGAGAUGGGAGUGCUAUCAGUAACUGAUCAGUCAUAUUUUGAUUUUGUCAGAUUUACUCCGUAAAGUUGUCUGAUAGGUUAGUUUAAUGACUGACAGCUCAGGCUCUCCCAUCUCUAGUGUUAUUUGUUCCAAAUUAGAACAUGUCUGAGGCUGCCUGCCAUGCGCCUCUGUUCUCUCAAAUAAUGGGUCAAAAAAUAUAUAUAUAAAUCAGAGUAUGGUUUUUUUAAAAGUGUCCUUUUUUCUAGGAACUGAUUUGAAGCCAUGAUACAAUUUUGAAUACUUUAUAUAUGGCAUUUGAUUUGAGAUGUGCCACAUUUUUUUCUGCAUGGUGUUUUGAUUUGGAACCCAAUUGUCUUUUUCUUUUUUUAAACAUCUAUAGUGUUAAUUUUUUUUCUGCCUAUAUGCUAAAACCACAGUACAGAAUUCUAGAAUCUACAGCGUAAAUAAAUGUCAAUUCCUGCAGUAACUAGCAUGGCUGUAACUUCUUUUCAUGAAAUUCACUGAUGAGUAUUUGACAGGUGAAAAGAAAACAUAAAAUAGGCCACUUUUAGAAAAAUUUGGGAGAAAAUAAAACAAAGUUGGUAAA